AUUCAGAGCUCAGCGCUAAGAGAGAUAUGAGCGGUACUUCAGGUCUUCUUCAGCUAUGGCAACUUCCGUCCUCAUCACUGUUUUUCGGCCGUUCCAAAGGUCUGUACUUGGUUCCUGUACGUGUUUUGUAUCCAAUGUCAUGUUUUUGUAAGCAAAUGCAAACUACUACGUAUGCAAUUGCUAAAGGAAGCUAUGUAUCAAAUCCACAGAACCAACAAGAAAACAAAGAAAAAUUGACACCUAAGGUAGAAAAUGUAGGUGCAUUUCAAAAAUUACCCAUGGUAAUGCCGUCUGUAGAUAUUCUACAUUCAGCACUAAGGAAAGCAAGGAGGGUCUCGCCUACAAAGGGCAUUGCUAAUGCUGCAAAACGUGAGAGAAAUAAAGGCGCAAAACAACUUGACGCAUUAAUGAAGGAGUUGGCUGUGCCUUUGAGGACAUACAAAGAGAACUUCCCAAACAAAAAAUAUUUGCACCCUUAUGAACGAUCUUUGAUUGAGUUAACGCUCGGAGACGGAAACUAUGAAGAUGUAUUGGGAAAGUUAGAAGCUUUAAGGAAAAAGGUGGUAUCAGUUGGAAAGGAACAUGCAUCAUUAUGUGCUAAGUCAUUAUCUAAACGAGAAGCAGAGGAGCGACUGAAUGAGGGAUUGAAAAGAAUUGAGGAAAUAUUUGAUGGUGAUGGAAAAGCUGUUGAUGAACUAUUGAACAUUGCCAAGACAUUACGGGCAAUGCCAGUUGUCGAUCUGGAAACACCAACUCUCUGUCUUGUUGGUGCUCCCAAUGUCGGAAAAUCAUCUUUGGUUCGCGUACUUUCGACAGGGAAGCCUGAGAUCUGCAACUAUCCCUUCACUACUAGAGGAAUUCUGAUGGGUCAUAUUAAUUUGAGUUACCAGAAUUUUCAGGUUACUGAUACCCCUGGUAUCUUAAGGAGAUCUGAUGAGGAAAGGAAUAACUUGGAAAAGUUAACACUUGCUGUACUCACUCAUUUGCCAACUGCAGUACUUUAUGUUCAUGAUUUAUCUGGAGAAUGUGGGAUGUCACCUUCUGAUCAGUUUGUGAUCUAUAAGGAAAUGCGAGAGAGAUUCAGCAGCCAUAUUUGGCUUGAUGUCGUGUCCAAAUGUGACUUACUGCAAGCAUCUCCUGUCAUCUUUGCAACAGAUGAUUGUAAUGUUGAUAACUUUGAGCUGGUGAGGUAUAGGAAGAUGGGACCUGAUGGAGCCCUAAAUGUGUCGGUAAAGAAUGAGAUUGGUCUUCAUGAGUUGAAGAAAAGAGUUUACGAGCUGCUUGUUUCUCAAUCAGAAAGGAUCAAAAAUCAAAAGAGCAAGGAGGAAGAGCUGGAAGUUCCAAGCUAGUUGGUCUUAUGCAUUCCUAACAAAUCUCUAACCUGCUGGAAAUUGGCUGCAGGUUUUUACGCUUGGUAAUUAGCUGGAUCAUGGUCUAU